AGAAAGAAAAGAGAGGGAGAGUGAUAAUAAUAGAAAUGAGCGAGGGAGAGAGAUGUAGACAAAGAAGCAGGGAGAGGAAGUCACAAGAAGAGGAUGAGGAAGUGAGGGCAAGUGCCGAGUAACAACACGUAUACGAACAUACAGAGCAGAGGUGACGUCAGGCAGCCAUUACACGAGUCGCUGCUGGAACCUUCCCGUGUCCUGUGCUUCAAUUGAGCUAUGUCACUUUGCUGUAUAUAGUGACUGGAAGGACGGGCCCGGCAUUACUCGAGUGGUCGGUGGUAAGAAGUGAGGAGUGUUGACUGAGCUGAGGAGUGUUUGGUUCGUCUUUUUACUUCGCUUGUGGAGCAGUAACACAGCACCAUGCCUGAGGAGGCCAGCAUGAGCUUCAAGGUGUACCUGGACUUGGGUGGAGGCAAGCAGGAGGUGCGGAGGUUUGGCCUGCCAGAGACUGUGGCCACAAACUACAAUGUCCUGCGGGAGAAGAUCUGCAGCAUCUUUGGUCUCUCUCACCAGGAUGCCCUUCUCUCCUGGAAGGAUGCUGAAGGUGACUCCAUCACUAUAUCCUCUGAUGAUGAGUUGAUGGAGGCUGUAGCAGACAGUGUUAGCAACUCGAGUGUUCAGCUGGUGCGCAUCAGUGUGGUGGAGGGCAACAGUCGCUCCCAGCUUGGCCCCAGCAGUCCCAGUGGUUCUCAGGGUAACCAGCAGGGUGAUGUGCAUCCUGGAGUGACCUGUGACAGCUGCAAUGGGAAGGUUCAGGGCUUCCGCUACAAGUGUGUUACUUGCCCUGACUUUGACCUGUGUGGUGCGUGUGAAACCAAGGGCCAGCACAAGGAGCACAGAAUGAUGCGCUUCCCCAAACCACAAGAUGCAGGAGGCCCUUGGUUCUUCUGGAAGGAGAGUGAAGAUGGACCAGGCCACUUCUCAACUCACUUUGGGAUGCAUGGCAAAGGUGGAGGUGGAGGCUUCUCCUCUUCAACAUCAUUCGGCGGGUGUGGCGGUGCUGGAGGCAUGCGUGGUGGUGGUGGUGGUGGUGGUGGUGGUGGGGGUGGUGGUGGGGGUGGUGGUGGAGGCUGGUGGGGAGUUGGUGGUCCCCGUGGCCGACACUGCAGACGGGGACACGGUGGUCGGGACCGUGGAGGCUGGCCAAACUGGUGGGGCCGAAGCUGGGGCGGCAGGAACUGGGCUGGCUGUGCUCAGGGACAGACAAUGAGCUCAGACUGUGGAGGUCAGCAGCAGCAGCAACAGUCAUCAUGUGGCCAGUCACAGCAACAGCAGUGUCAGAGCAGUGGAGGUUCCCCAAGGGAUGACCACCAGUGUGAGGCUGCCACAUGCCCCUUCACUGGCCAGGAAGCAGAAAUGCCCACCCCUGAGCAGGUAGCAGAGGAAGCCAAGCACAUGGCAGAGCAGAUGGCACAGCAGGCAGCACAGCAGGCCCACCACUUUGCCUCACACUACGCCUCAGACCAGCUGGCCAAUGUAAUGCGAGGAAUCUGGACUGCUUGGACUGGCCAGCAGGGACAGAAUGGCACCACCACUUCCAGCUCCUCCUCCAGCUCUUCCCACUCCCAUUCCAGCAGCACAAGUGGAGAUGCCCCCAAGGAGAGCACAUCAGCAGAACAGGAGAAGAGCAAGGAGGCCAGACAGAGUAAGGAAGCUCCAUGUUCUGCAGGGGAGGAAUAUCUUAGGAGUGUUGGUGAAACAGUGGCCAAUAUACUAGAUCCUCUUGGCAUUGAUGUGGAGGUUGCUGUGGAGCACAACGGCAUCCGACAGCGGUGCAGUCUUGGAGAAAAUGUUGCUUCACCCACACCUGCCAGCCCUGCCAGGGAGCCAGAGUCUUCAGUAGCAUCUGUGGCAUCAGGGGGAAGUGUGCACAUGGAGGUUCAGACAGAAUGUCCCUCAGGAGCCCAGAACAAAGAUCUAGAAGUCAUGGAUGUAUCCAGCCCAGCUCCAGAGGCCAGCCAAAGUGGUGGUGAGCAAAUGGAAGGUCAAUCUGGUUCCCCUGAACCUGAGGACUGGACGCUGGUGAAUCAGGAAGCCUCCAGUGAGGCUUCUGCUCCUGUGUCAGAUGCUGCACCUCACACAGAGCAGGGAGAGAAGAAGGUUUCCUACCCAGAUUUGACUGAAUUGACACCUCAUCCUGAUCCUAAGAUACAGCGAGCCCUGGAGCACAUGUCAGCAAUGGGGUACAGCAAUGAUGGAGGCUGGCUCACCAACCUCCUGGAGAUGAAGCAGGGAGACAUCAACCAGGUGCUGGAUCUUCUGCAGCCAGUCAAUAAGUAGUGUGGUAGGGUUGCUGCAACAAAUGGCUGUGUUUGGUGGGUGUGGAUUAGGUAGUUAUUGUAGACAGGAAAUUGUGUUAAUGUGAACUGUCAUUACUGUUAUAAAGGAUGUAAUAGUUUAUAAAGUGCUAAUUCAGUUCUAGGAAAUGGAGAAAAUAAAGUUUGAUAUUUUGUUAUAGGCAUGCAUAAGGUAUUUAUUCAUAGAAACAGUAAAUUGUGUUGGAAUAAUAUAAACUAGACAUAGAAAGUGCUAAUUCAUCCAGAUAUGAUGAAGAAAUUACUGCUGAAUACUUUGUGUAGAGUUCAUAGCAUAUAACUUGGUAAUGUUGUGCAAGUAUAAACUCUUUAAGACUACCAUAAAGGAAAACAUGGUACUAUUUCAUUCACAAUGGAGAAAGUACCUCGAUAUUUUUUUUGUGUAGAUGAGGAUAAGCACCAUAUAUAUAUAUAUAUAUAUAUAUAUAUAUAUAUAUAUAUAUAUAUAUAUAUAUAUAUAUAUAUAUAUAUAUAUAUAUAUAUAAAGGUUUGUUGCUGUACCAAAAGGCAUGUAAGACCUUACUUCAGUUAUUCUGCUUUUUAUAGGCAUAUUGUCAACAUCAUAGUGUGAACAUUUAUUACUGUACCAGAAUGAAAAUAAGACCAUUGGUUAUAUUGGUUUGCUUUUUAAUAGGCUUAUUAUAUAGUCUUCUGUGUGAUGCUGAUGUCUAUCCUGAAUGUGCGCCAAUAUACUACUAUAUUUAUAUAAACAUGCUUUACUGCUACUACUCUGCUGGUUGUGGGUUCUCAUGAGUUUAGUCACUUGUAGUUGCCAGGCAGCAGUAGUAAGGGUCGAACAUGAUCCUACACGUUUAUAGUAGUUAAUAAAGUUGAUUUCUUGAGUAAUAGUUGAAGGCAAACUUGAUCUUAUGAGUUACAGAGAGAGGAAAGUUGUGGUAAAACGCCACUGUGUUCCUGGUGACUACUAAUGUUGUAUAAACUUAUAACAGUUACUAUAAAGAUGUAAUGGUGUUCAUUAUAGGGCUUGCAUAUUAUAUUUGUCCUUGAACUCAGCAAGUGUUUUUCAAAGUGUUGCUUGGUACACCUUGCACUGAUUUAUUUAGCAUGUGUUGCUUCACACUACUGCAUUGGUGAUGAGGCUUGAUGAAAUGUGGCCAGCGUGUCAAGUAGUCUCUAAGUUAUAUUCAGCGGGUUUAUUUGCAGUGUCUAAAUCAGUUACAGAAAGCUACAGUUGCAUGCAGAGUAUCUUAUAAUAUUGUAACGGCAGCACACCUUGCUUUGAAAUUGAAAGAAAAUUAUAUUUUUUUUGGUUCCUCAUGUACUGUGUAUUCAUGAAGUAAGUUGUUUCUAUAAAUCUUUUAAGGGUAGGUUGUAGAAACUGCUACCAAUUUUUUUGAAAUAAAAAAAAUAAAAUUGAUACGUAUGAACCAUAUUUUAUAUGUGAAAACUUGUGUUCAUUGACGAAAUUUAAUAAAUUGAAAAAAAAAUCACCGAUACCCUUUGAAUAACAAGAAAAUACAAAUGCUAAAGUGAAACAAACGUUUUACAAAUGUAACUGAUUGAUGCUGUAGUAGAGCGAGAUGAAGAAAAGGAUAUUGAAGUAGUAGAUCAGUGUGGAUGUGGUAAAAAGAGUAAUCCUUUAGAGAGUAUUCAUAACUAAGAAUGCAACUCAAUAUUUUAGUUCAUGAAAUGUUUAGGUGGUGAAUGCUAAGCUUCUAAAACCCGUCAUUCACCAAAUACUACCUACACACUGUAAUUAUAUAUAUAUAUAUAUAUAUAUAUAUAUAUAUAUAUAUAUAUAUAUAUAUAUAUAUAUAUAUAUAUAUAUAUAUACACACACACACACACACACACACACACACACACACAAGUUUUCUAUAUAUCUUCAUUUACUACCACGUUAAGGAUUCAUCAGGAUUUAUCCUAUCGAUAGAUAUCUAUGUAAUAUUGUCUUUUGGCUCGCAAUCUUUGCUUUCCAAUCCAAUGGUUCCAUGGGUAGCUCUUUUUCCCCAUUUGCUGCGUGAAGUUGUCGCUUCCUGGAAACAGAUGCGAUGUGCCUCACGGUUCCAAGAUUUCAGACUGCAAACGACAAACGUGUCCCUUUCUAUGUCAUCACUCUUUUUGCGUGUGGCAUGGCAGAAAUAUAUAAAUAUUAUACUUCUAUUACAAAUAAAGCAUUUUAUGAA